AUGAAUCAGCUAACAAAGCUGAAUUAUAUUGUUUAUGUAACUAAAAUGUAUAAGUUAACAAUAAUAGCAAAAAUUGACAACUAUAAGAAAAAAAAGAAUUUGUUAACAAAGGUAAAUUGUAUUGUUUAUUUAACAAAUGUAAAUUGUAUUGUUUAUGUAAAUAAAAAGUGUGAGUUAACAAAAGUAAACAUUAGUAAAUUAUAUAUGGGCAACAAUCAUAAUAUAAAAAAUGAUUUAGUUAACAGAGAAAAAUUGUAUUGUUUAUCAAAAAUGCCCAACAAUAAGAUAAUAAUAAAUGAAUUAAUUAUCAAAUGCAAAUUCUAUUCUUUAUGUUAUAUAUGGACCCCAAAAAUUAAUUACAAUAAUAAACUAAAAAUGAAUUAUUAUACAAAGAUGGACAACAAUAACAAAAUAAAUAAUGAAUUUGUUAACAAAGGAAAUAUUGAAUUGCUUUUUAAAUUAUAUAUGUACAGCAAAAAUGACAACAACAAGAAAAUAAAAAAUGAAUUAGUUAAUAAAGAUCGUAUAAGUAAACAAAAGAGAAUUUUAGUAAAUUAUAAAUGGAAAACAAAAAUGAACAACAAUAAGUUAUAA